AUUCCUCGUCACAUCGGUUUAAGGCAGCCCGUGCGCCGUCUACAGGCAAUCAGACACCCGGGGGAGCCUCUAAACGACUCCACACCCCCUCGUUGCCAUCCUGCUGCUCGCGCGCGACCGCUGCUGCGGCACACGCUGCGACACAGGCCCACAAAACCAGCAAGCUCUUUUGCCCAUCGUCGACGCAGGCCGUGCAAGAUGCCCGUACCGAUGGGCGACGAAACCGACGACGAAAUCGACGACGGCGAGGAUGAGCCGAUACGACGCGGUUCCGCGGAUAUGAUUCCGGCCGAGAUGCGCGAGACGACGCAGGAGCUGCGGCGCCAGCUGCAGAUCGAGAAGCAGGUGGCGCGCGACGCCGAGCGCGAGCGCGACGAGGUGUUGCGCGAGCUGAGGGCCAUGCGCGCGGAGCAGGCUGCGCGGUACGAUCGGUUGGCGGCCCUGAAAGCCAAGCUCGCGAAGGACCCGGAGAACCCCAGACCUACAGUGUCAGAUCGGGUAGCGGCCCUGCGGGCCGAGGCGCGCGAGAAAACGGCGCAACUAGCACAGGCGCAUGAUCGUGAUCCUUCUCUCGACGAUCUCGAGGCCGGAGUCACCUCCAUGCAGGUCGGGCAGAAACGCGCUCGCAUUGGGAUCGAGGAGCGCAAAGAUGUCGCGGAGCGGGAUUAUGCCUCGCUCGGGGCUCGGGUGCAAGAGCUCGACGAGACCGUCGCCGAGCUGCGCCGACAGUUGGAAACGGAGAAGAAGGCCAAUCACGAGGCCCUCGUGACGUGCAUGCGCGGGCGCACCAAGGCCGAGGAAUAUAACAAGGUUUUAGUGAAGCUGGUCGCCGCUUACGAGCGUGUGACCCCUCCGGAGAAGAUCGCGCCGAUCGCCGCUCGGAUCUGGGCGCGCGCGCCCACGGUACCGGGCGGUGCCGCGACGGCGCCCGAGUCCGACGAAGCGGAUCCCGGGGAUAAGCGCCCCGUCCCGCCUGGACAGGAGGCCCAGAAGGUCAAGAAGCCCAAAUUGGCCGCGCCGACGCCGUCGGGAAUGGAGUUGGCGGAAACGUGCCUAGACCGCGACGCUGCACCGGAGAAGCCCACCACCGUGAGCUCCGAUGAGCGCAUACGCGCCGUCGAGGACCGCCUCGCGAAGCAGGCGAGCAGACACGAGAGAGAGAUGGAGGCGCUUCAUGUGGCGUGCGACGCGGCCGAGGCGCGCGCCCGCAAGCUCGAGGAGCAGCUGAAGAACCGUGCGGACCGCGCCCUCGGCGACGACACCGAGUAGUUCCACGCGCCUGCUGACGCUUUCCACCCCACGUUACGACCUCCCCCAAGUACUAAGGACGCUGAGCC